UUAUGAAUUUCUUCUUGUUUAUUCGUUGAAGCCAAACGGCAAUUAUCACCUCAGCAGCAAUCAUUGUCCCUACACUUCUCUUCUCUUCCUUCCAGCUAGCUCUGCUCCUCUCUCCGCUCCUACCCCACCACUCAACUCAACUCCCUCUUGGAAUCUUUGCCGGAAACUUCCACCGGAAUCUCUCCUCUUUCAAAUGGGUUUUUCUUGAAAAUUACAGAUUACGAGAAGGCUAUUCAUGGAUAUGAGCAACUUUAGGCCUGAACUCCAUGUUGCGCAGCAAAGCCGUCGAGAUAAGUUGAGAAUUCAGCAUGAUUCGAACCCACCCCAUUAUCAAGUUUAUCCUAACAAUUUGCAGCAACUUCCUCCCCAUGAUGCUCUAAAUUAUGAAUCCAACAACCUUCGAAACUGUCGACCUGGGAAUAUAUGCUAUGACUCUUCAGACUUUUGCUCAGAAAUGCCUAAUUUUUCCAUGAAUUCUCAAGGUAUGUUAGCACAAAAGGAUGCCGUGAUGGUUCAUCAAGAACCCGAUAAACGGGUCGGUGAAACUUUCUUUGGGAGUUUAUCUAGAACAAUCCCAAACACCUUCAAUCCUUCAGCCACAAUUAGUAGUGACCCACAAUACUUUACCACAUGGAAAAGCAUUGGCUCACAAUCGAGCAGCGAUUGGGUGGCUAAUCAAACCCCAAUAUUUGUCGGCGAGGGCCUGUCUGGAUCUUCAUUGAGAAUCAUCAAUAGUUGUACUCCUAUUUCCACAUUUGAGGUCAAACCUUAUCUAGGAUAUCAAGAAUUACAUCCACCUUUGAAUAAUCCAGCUACUGAGGUUUCUAAUCCGAGCAGCCAGAACAAGCACUAUGGGGAUAUGCAUUGCAGUUCUUCGCUUUACCAAAAUGCGUUUCAAGAACUUGUUGCCGCUCCAAAUGAUCGCUCUUCUGGCGUAGAAUUGAGGCAAAAAGGUUCUGAGGAAACUAGCCAUGGGCCUUGGGUGGUUGGUGGGGGUGAACUUCUACUUCUUCCAGCUUAUGCUGAUCAAUUGCGCCUUAAGAGUGUUUCGCAAUCAGUAAAUAGGCCGGCCGACGGGUGCAAUCAGUGGAGUGGAGAAUUGGAUUAUGCAGCUGCUAAAAAUGCAGACAAUUCCAACAAUCAGACCCUUUCAUUGUCCCUUUCCUCCGUUCCGUCUCCCAAAGUGCAUGCAACUCAUAUUGCUGAUAGAGAUAUCGCCAUGGAUUUGCACUGUACAGAUGUUUGUGCUGGUGGUAAUGUUCAAGGUUCGAGGACCUUGAAGCCGGAGAACUUGCUUUCCGAUCCAAAUUUGUUGACCGGUGGUAAAGUUUUAGGAAAUGUCCGUGCCGAUAUGAUGGCAAUUCCGGCUUUGACUCAUAGAAAUCCUGGCCCCCUCGGUCCAUUCACCGGCUAUGCUACAAUUCUCAGAAGUUCAAAGUAUUUGAGGCCGGCCCAGCAAUUAUUGGAUGAGCUCUGCAUUGUUGCCCGGCCUAAGCACAUUGAAAUAUGCGAGGGGCCCCAUAAGAUCUUAGAGGAGGUUAGGGUUUCAAGUGAUGCUGUUAGUAAUGCUGAAGUACCAGCCGUUACAGGUGAUUCCAGUGGUUCAUCAUUCGUGUUCAAUGCUUCGAAUGAUAAGGGCCGAGAGCCAGAGGGUGCGAGCUGCUCGACAGAUUCUUAUCGGCCCGAAAAUCUUCAGAAGAAGGCAAAACUUAUGUAUAUGCUGGAUGAGGUCUGCAAAAGGUAUAAACAGUAUCAGCAGCAGAUGCAAAUGGUGGUUUCAUCCUUUGAGUCAGUGGCAGGUCUUAGUGCCGCCACUCCUUAUGUUUCUCUAGCUCUAAAGAUGGUCUCCAAGCAUUUCCGAUGUCUAAAAUCUGCAAUAGCCGACUCACUCAAGGGCAUAAUAAAUGCCUUGGGAGAGGACUUGUCGUCCCCCACUGCCGGCACAAGCACGAGCAAGAGCGACGCUGGUGUUUCGAUGCUGAAGUUCUUUGACCAAAGCUUUCAAAGGCAGAAAGGAGCAGCUGGUCUAGGCAUACUUGAAGGCCAACAUAUCUGGAGGCCCCAGAGAGGCCUACCGGAACGUGCUGUCUCUAUUCUGCGGGCAUGGCUUUUUGACCAUUUUCUUCACCCGUACCCCACAGACACCGACAAGCAUAUGCUCGCCGCACAAACUGGCUUAACCAGAAAUCAGGUAUCAAACUGGUUCAUCAACGCUCGAGUCCGUCUAUGGAAACCUAUGGUUGAAGAGAUACACAUGCUGGAGACCAAAGGACUAGCGGCCGAAACAGGAUCUGAUGCUGGAAAAACCAAUGGGAUGAAAGUCGCAAUUGAAGGUUGUGAUCAAGCGAACAAGCAGCAAGUGGAAUGCUCAAGCAUUAGUCCGUCGGGACGUGAAAUCGACCGGUUGAACGCAAACACAUGGAAUCAAGAAAAGCGUUCAAGAAUCGAGUAUCACGUUCCAUCAAGUGUCGACGGUUCGUUGAUGGGCUUGGUGCCGUCUCACCGGAGUGGGGUUGAGUUUGGAGGGCUUGGGGCCGUAUCACUGACUUUGGGCCUCAGGCAAAGUGCGGAGAAUGCGCAACGGCCAUCUUUGCAGCAAGAGCAUCACUUGAGGCCACAUUUCGGAGGUCACAUAAUUCGAGAUUUUGUUGGCUGAUUGAUGUUAUAGCUUGUUAGUUGCAAUCGGGGAGGUAUUGGUGGGAUUAAGAUAGAAAUAAAGAGGUGAGAAGAAGGCUGCUUCUUGCUAUCAUGCUACAAACCUUAGGAAACUCAAAAAGCUUCGAAAAUGAGGUGCAAGUUACUAGAGCAAUUUUUGCUGGAUGUUAAAUGGAGAAAACCUGUAUAUUUUAAGGUUAAGGGUCUGAAUCAAGUUGCAAUAUUUGUAAAAUUGUGGUUGGUAUUAACCAUUUCUUGCGGCUAAUAUAUGUCGGAAUUUGUGAUAUUCUACCUAUUCUGUUGUCGAUUUA